UCUCUCUCUCUCACACACACACACACUCACACACACACACACACACACACACACACACACCGUGAUGUCAUUUGAAGGGGAGUUUGGGACGGGUCUGGGUCUGGGACAGGCUGUUACAGACGGUUAUGUGUUAAUUGAAUCGCUGCCCUCUCUCUCUUUUUUAUAUCGGACUCUAAUUCAUAAAUAAGUAACCAUGGCGGUGAACACGGACACGGUCUCUGUCUGUUGGGCAGGAGUUUAAACUUUUUGUCAUUUAACCAUGGAAACUAAAGGAAGUGGACAACAGGAAAGUCAGUUGACAACCCUCCGUGUAGCCUGGCAGAUAACGGAAGAAUGGACGAUGUGAAAACUGGCCCUCACCAGGACUGAAUCUCCUCCCCGGGUCUCCUCCAGCUUCAUGUCCCCCUCCUCUCCGUGCCAGAUGCCUCCGCGGGGAGACGGGGGCUACAAGCCGGCAGCGGUGUCCCCCGCUCCGCCUGUCCCGCCGAGGAGGGUCCGGAGCCGGGACAAGGGCUCUGGCAGGACGCGGCGGUCCGGGGCAGGGUCAGCGGGAGCCGGAGCAGCGGAGAGGCGGGUGAAGUGUGUGCUGGUGGGGGACGGAGCUGUGGGGAAAACCAGCCUGGUGGUCAGCUACACCACCAACGGGUAUCCCACUGAGUACGUCCCGACCGCGUUUGACAACUUCUCAGCGGUGGUAUCAGUGGACGGGCAGCCAGUAAAACUACAACUCUGUGACACAGCUGGACAGGAUGAGUUUGACAAGCUGCGUCCUCUGUGUUACACCAGUGCAGAUGUGUUCCUGCUGUGCUUCAGCGUCGUUAGCCCUGCGUCCUUCCAAAACGUUCCUGAGAAGUGGGUCCCAGAGAUCCGGAAACACGUCCCCUUUGCUCCGCUGGUCCUGGUCGGGACGCAGUGUGACCUCCGAGAAGAUGUCAAGGUUCUCAUUGACCUGGCCAAGUACCGAGAGCGACCUGUGGACCCAGCGGACGCAAGGGACUGUGCGGUAGAGAUUGGCGCUGUGGCUUACAUGGAGUGCUCUUCCCUGACCCAAAAAAAUCUGAAAGAAGUGUUUGACACGGCCAUACUGGCCAGCCUGCAGAACCACAGCUCCCAUAAGCCCCCAAGAGGGAAACAGAAACGUCGAAAAAAGCAAAGGCAAACACCUGACAAGAUGAAGAGUUUAUCCAAGUCAUGGUGGAAAAGGUACUGCUGUGUGGCCUAAAGCAGACCUGCGAUGGGUUUGGGUCUAAGACUCUGAUCCUCUGCUGAUUUUCUCCUGGUCUUCAUUCAGCCUGGACUCUCUCUGGUUUUUCUUAAAUGGAGCCUGAUGUUGAGCAGGACCUCGACUGGAGUGUGGAUGGGAAGCGAAGUAAGACUGUCGUGGAUCUAAAAUGUUUCAGUUUUUCUUUUUCUUUGGGCAGCGACGUGAGUCUCAUCAUGGAUCAGAUUCACCAUACUGAGUCCAGCCUGGUUCUGCUCUGGUUCAACCUGCUCUGAAAACACAGCAGCACCGCUGUGUCAUAGAAUAAACCAGGUUGUUCUUUUUACAUUUGGUCCUAUUUGUAACCCAUUGAACCCACUGCAGGAGGUCACUGUGUCACCCGGAAUUAAGCUGGUAUUAACUGGGACUUCUUUUGGACUAGCAGAACGAUCUCUUCAAGUCAUGGUGGAAGUGAUAAUGUUUUUUUAAUGAUUAAACUGGUCCACAUUUGAACAGGAACAGAAACUUCUCAUCUGUGUUUAACACAUGAGUUGGAUUUGUGUUUAGUCUGCUGUUCUGGUAAAAAUCUUCCCUGUUUGUUAGGGAUUUAUGUAGCCUUGUUACAAAAUGUAGCCUAGAAGGGAACUGCACCGUCUACAGACUACACUUGUUGUGACCUAAUGAAACUGCAUCUAAAUUUACUCCUUUUUAUAACUUGUUUCUAACUUUAGUUGAGUGUCUAAUAGUCACGAUUAGAGAGAACUGCUGACUGAAAUAGUAUAAUAACUCUCUGACCAAACUGUGUCUUUAUUUACACACCAGGAGAACGCAUUUUGAAUUUUGCGACCCAAACCAAUUUGUUUCAUCACCGGACAUAAAUAUAGUCGGAACUUAGUCAACAAAGAGCUCAUUUUUCAUAAACAGCUAAUAAUUAUAUCCUGUCAUUUUAGUCUGGAUUUGUACUAGAUACAGGAUUAGAUCUGGCGUGAUUGUGAGUGUGGUUUUCAUCAUGUCCUGCCACAGUUUAGCCCAGACUGAAGCCAAGAUAAGUUUAAUGAGGCUCAGGCUUUGGUUAUCCUCAUAUCAAAUCUUGACUGGAACAGUUAAUGCCAGUGUCUUUUUCCUCACAAGGAUAAUACGACACUGUUAAAAUGUUCUUACUUUGGCAAAAUGUCCAAAAUCAUUGGAAAAUGAAACCUUCGAGCAGUAUAUGUUGAGCAUCCAAGUGAUAAAAAUCCCAGCAUUGUUCUGUUAGAACAAGUUUUCUCAAGAAGACGCAAACUGUAUCGAGUCAGUGACCUACUUCAGGUUUUCAUUGCUGGUAGUUUAUCAUCCUCAUAUGUCUUGUAUGAACGGCUACAGUUUAUGAGGUAUUAAUGUGGUUUGGUUAAAUAUAAAUCUUUGUUCUGUGGUGGUGGAUUGUUGGCACUUGAUCUUAAUUGGGAAGGAACAUUUUGUUAUUUUAAUGUUUUGGUUUUUCUUCCCUCUUCAUCACAAUCAUACUGUGUGCUUAAAGUAGUUUAAGAUCAACUUAUUCCACAAGCCACAACAUUCUCAGUAGCCAAGUGACUAUUGUUGAGGCUUAUUUCCACACGCAACUGAGGACUAAAACAAAGAAAAACAAGGAUAUUCAUGUAAACUGUUCAACCAGGAACAUACGUUUGCAGGCACAAGUUGCAACGCUGGCAAAACCUUUACUGGUUUCAGAUAUUUUUGUGCUUGAUGUGUGUUUGAUUUAUCUUUCCAGACACUUAAACAGCCUUAAGUGUGAGCACUUAACAGAAUUAGAUCAACCAAAGUGCUCCUUCAUUUGUUUAAAUUCACAAAAUGGACUCUGUUUGUGAAGGUUUGCAAAAUGAUUUAGAGCAAACCGAAAAACAAACAAAGAUGAGGUUUUUUUUUUCUUAGCUUUUCAAUGAAAUUGUGUAUCUAAUACUGUGAAAUUUGAAUUAUGUACAUAUUCAGUGAAAUAUUUUCUUAGUAGUUAUGAACCACAUUUGAUUCGUCAGGUUUGUUGCUUUGCAUUUGUUCCCUUUAUCAAAAAAUACGAUCCUCUGCUUUAUUAGAGUGGUAACAUUGUUCAUUUCUACCACUCUACAUCCAUACUGCUUUAACACCACAGAGACAUCAUUGUCCAUCCUAUAUCUACUGCUGCCGCCUCUCAAACAGAUUCAGCUUUAAAGCAGAAAUAAAGAGGCACACUGAAACACAAAACGUGUGGCUCUCACUCAGCUGCCGCACCUUCCUUUGUACAUUGUAGUUACUGAACCAAGAACAAAAACACAAUAAUUUGUAUGUUAUUUCUCUACGGUGCCUACAUCUGAAUGGGUCUUUGUGUCAGAGUCACAGCAGCAGAAGUGAAAAAGGGUGCAACCGGUUUGCAGUCUGUAAUGGAUUCAAAGCAGCUCUGCCAUGGUUUACUGCAUGUGCAACAUAAUUAGUCGUAUUGAUCCGACAUAAACACUAGAGGGAUUGUUUCUGGUUAUAUAUAUAUAUAUAAAAAAAUCAAGAAUAACCACGCUAAGGUUAAAGGAUGAGGGACAUCUGAACUUCGAAAGGAGCUGUAAACCCAGAGCUGACAGGACUCUCAGGAUUUGGGUGAAAACUGUCCUCAAGAACUAAAAAAAAACAAUUAUUUCAAGCGUGUGGUUCAAAGUCAGUUCUCCUCUGGUGUGAAAUAGAGCAAGCUGUUGAUGUCCCUUCAAAUUCAGUGGAUUAUAAUUCAUUGAAAGUUUGAACUGUACUGUGAAGUACAUUUGGUGGAUAAGAAAUACUUCUUCUUUUUUUUGUAACUUUUAAGUUUAUUCUAGCAAACUAAAAAUUAAAUAAAGACAUUCACAGUUUUGGAA